AUGGCGGAAAAAUCGGCCGUGAGAAGUACUACUUCUAUAUACUUUGAAACAAGUAUACUACCUUUAUCUACUUUGAUUUUAAUGUCGUGCAUGCAAUGUUUUAGGUAAGCUAGUAUGUUAUUUGGAUUUUGAGAACCAGGCUGAGACUGAGAAAUCGAUUAAAGAUAAGUCUCCCAGUGGAAACAACAAUGGAUAUCGCGAGAGUGGUCUCCUAUUGGUCAACUUCAAAGGCUGUGGUAAUGCCGCUUAUAUGCACGCUGGGGAUAUCUUAUUCCAUGGCGAUACUUUUCAGGACAAGCCUUACUCAGGUAACGAGAUUCCGUUUCUAUCGUAACAAAACAAAAUUAUUAAUUAGCCAUUCCGAAGUUGAUGAGUGGACUGGAGACGAGUGUUAAAAAGUGCCCAAAUUAAAAUAUGAACCAAAUCACUACAAAGACCACCUCAAAAUUAGUAAGUAUACAGAGUUUGAAGACGUUUACAUGAAUACCCUUCGAAUAAUAAGCUUUCGAAAAUUGUGAAAUUACUGAUUAAAAGACUGUUUUUUGGACGCGCGUACAUUUCAUAGUAAAUAUCGCAAUUUUCGAAAGCUUAAGGUAUAGUAACUAAUUUUGAGGUGGUCUUUUUAGUGAUUUGGUUCAUUUCUUAAUUUGGGCACUUUUUAACACUCGUCCCCAGUCCUCUCAUCCACUUCGGAAUGGCUAAUUGUUAAAAAAAAGUGACGUUUCAAUUAAUAUACAGGGUGUCCCAAAAAACCCAAAACUAUUGAAAUAACGUAUUGUUAGAAUUUGAAUGCCUCAGCACUCUACUUAACCACAAGUGCAUAAUAGUUUGACAUGCGUAAAUUUUAUGCCUAAAGAAACUGUUUAAGAAGCUGCUUCAAAUUCCCAAGAGCAGAAAAUCGGCGCUUUACAAAGAUAUUUUAAUUUCUUAAUAAGUCAAUAUUUAUAAUAUAUUUACGUAUCUUUGCGUUCAGCUUAAUGCUAGGGCAUUCAAAUUCUAACAAUACGUUAUUUCAAUAGUUUUGGGUUUUUUUGGCCGGGACAGAUAGACCUUUCCCUUUAUGAGUGAAAUUUUGAUCUAGACAAGUCUGGACAAAAAUUUCAUCACAGCUUGAGAGAGCAUCACAAAAUUAGUAAUAUUCCGAAGUUUCGUUGCGAAAUGUUGUAAAACUGCGGAUAAUAUAGCCUGCGAAGUUUGCCGUUUUUCAGUAAUUUUGCAUUACAUAAUCAGAUGAUCAAACUGAUGCAAAAUGUUAGAUUGUAAUGCAAAAUGACUGAAAAACGGCAAACUUCGCAAGACUUUAUUAUCCACAUUUUACAACAUUUCGCAACGAAACUUCGGAAUAUUACUAAUUUUAUGAUGCUCUUUCAAGCUGUGAUAAAAUUUUUGUCCAGACUUGUCUAGAUCACAAUUUCACUCAUAAGGAGAAAGGUCUAUUCGGAUCCAAAUGAAGCGUUCUGUGAAAAUUUGAUGGAAAUUGGAUAAAACUUUGUUGAGUGAUGGCAGAUCUCCUGAAACGCGUGCCUAGGGUAUCUUGUAAUUUGUGCGCGCACUCUCUAAUCCUGUUCUCUAUUUAGGUAUUACAGUUGCGGCGUGGGUACGACUUUUGGAGCUUCCUGGGAGCCACUCUAUCUUUGAUACAAUUGGCAGUAGCCAUGAAUGUGGACAAUACCAUUUUGAAAUUAAUGAUGGUAAUAUUCGCUGGUUCCAUCGUAACGAGACUCAACAGACUGUCUUUAGUGUUGAGGCGACUGGAGGUCUUGUGAAACAAGGUGAGCGGAUUUAUUAUCUCCGCGGCACGGGUUAGACAAUUUACGUACUUACGUGUACCGGAGGUACGAAAUCUCGUACUCUGAGCACUGCCAUCCUCUAAGAAUUCUAAGAAUUUGUCAGUGAGUGGGAGGGGGUGGGGGAGGGGGCAUCUACAAAAAGAGAACAUCCUAUACUGAGUGUAAAGAGAUUACAGAUGGUUAUUGGUGAGAAAACGUUUUCUGAGACUUUGAGAUUGACAUUUAUGGCAGACUGCUGGCUACAAACGGAAACGUUUAAUUUUAGCGGCCGAAAACAUGUAGGAAUUACUUUCAAAUACAAUUUGAAGUUUGCUGUUUGCGUCGUAAAAAUCUCACGUCUUGUAGCAAGUCCGCCAACAAGCCGACAACAAGCCGCCAACAAGCUGUGUUCAGACUGCUUGUUGACAACCGUUAUCGCAAGCUUGAUGGCAUUAUCAGACUUGUUGCAAUUUGAAAGGUUGCUCCAACAGGUCCGAUACAGUCAUGAUAGUGCGAGAAUGUAAUUACAACCUUGUGUCGUCAACCUUGUAACAUUUUUGUUAUAUCAUGACUAUAUCAUGAACACAACUUGUGUUAGAAAAACUUUGUAACAAACCUAGUAAUGCCAUGAAGCUUGUUACAAGUUGUUAACUAACAGCUUGUUCCAAACUUGUUACAACAACAUAACUUGUCGACAGCUUGUGAACAGAUUUAUACUGUAUAUACACAGUCACGCAAAAAUCUCACAUCUUGUAGCAAGGCUGCCAACAAGCCGUCAACAAGUUAUGUUCGCACUGCUUUCCCAAGUUGUCAAAAAGUUUGGAACAAGCUGUUAACAACUUGUAACAACCUUGUUGAUAUUACCGGACUUAAUUGUUGCAAGGUUGUUCCAACAAGUCCCAUACAGUCGUGAUGUAACAAUAUUGUUACAACCUUGUGUCGUCAACCUUGUAACAUUCUUGUUAUAUCAUGACUGUAUCAAACUUGUUAGAACAAACUAGUUAGAACAAACUAUCAAACUUGUUAGAACAAACAUAAUUUCGGACUGAAAUUCAACUUUGUCAUUUUCAGGUGCAUGGGUUCACAUCGCGGGCACAUACGACGGAACAAUCGGUAAGGCGAAAAUCUACGUGAAUGGCGACCUUAAAAACAUGUCGGUGAACGAAUACGGUGGCUAUUUGUCACGUGACUGGAACAUGCGCGUGGGGAUUGGCGACCACAAGAAUUUCCGACCCGUGCUAGGAUUUGUCGAUGAGUUCCGCAUCUAUAAUUAUGCAAUUAGCAAAAAAGAAAUCACCGACAUCGUCAGCAAAUGCAAAUUCAUAGGUAAGUAUUGUCAUGUACUGAGACAAACUGCAAGUAGAUGAUUCCUGCCGAUAUCGAAUAAUUUUUCAUCUAGACAAGAAGGAUGAAAUCUAUCAUUAUAGCGUAAAAGAGCAUCCUAAAAUUAGAAAAAUUGCAAAGUUUGGUUGCAAAAUGUUGCAAAAUACGAAAAAUAUAGCCAUGUGAAAUUAGCAAGUUUUGCAAGUAUUUUAGUAUUACGCGUGGAAAAUGCAUCAUUUUUGAGUCGAACGUGGUGCAUUUUCCCGCACGUAAUACUAAAAUACUCGAUAUUUGCUUAUUUUACAGGGCUAUAUUCAUGUUUUCGUAUUUUACAACAUUUCGCAAACAAACUUUGCUAUUUUACAAAUUUUAGGAUGCUCUUUUGAGCUAUAUAUAAUGAUAGAUUUUGUCUUUCUUGUCUAACUAAAAUUACUGGAUAGCUGGAAUCAUCCGCUGAUUAGUCUAGACGUUUGUUUACACACUAUCAAGGUUUCUGUGAUCACAGUAGGAGAAUUCCAAAGGUAACUUCUAAGGCCCCGUUUACAGGGCCGUAGGAAGUUCUUUUCGAUUGGGGGGGCUGAAAGCGAGGGCCGAAGGCCCGAGGAAAUUUUUAAAUUUAGAGUCUCUAAAAUGCCAUUUCCUGGACUUUGGGGAAGAUUUAACAGAAUUCUGAUAGUCAGAAAACAGCGUUUUAGUAUGUCGAAAUUUACAGGAAAGUAUGGGCCAGACUGUAGUAUUAUAAAUGCGCGGCGGGAAUUUUCGUCGUAAAUGGCAGUUGCGCGGAAAUGAAGGCAGAACAUUUGAGAAAAUUUCGAAAAUCUGGAGUCUCUAGAUGGUCUGAAAUGGCAUUUUCAGAGUUUUCUUUCGCAAGACCCAACACGCAAAAGACAAAAUAAAUCAUUAGUUCAUCAAAAAUGUGCAGAUUUUGUGGGAUUUUCUUGAAAAUGCGCGACAGAAAUUCAGCUAAAAUUUCUACGCGAGGAACGAUCUGGAGUAUGAGUAAUAUCUUCAUUCUUUGCAGUUUGUCACAGAUUAAAUGAUAAAGUUUGCAUGCAAUGAUUUUGAAAAAAGAAUGAUUAUUAGCAAAUUAUUGGGGGGGGGGCUGCAGCCCCCCAGCCCCCCCGGUUGCUACGGCCCUGGUUUACAUGAGACCGGGACGAAGUCAAACCGGAAUGAAAAUUGAAAUUGUCAACAUGUUUACAUGAGACCGGUACGAGCUAGGAUAACAAAAUCUUCAAUUUAUUCCCCUUGCCAGGCCAUUUUUGUUUUUCAGGUGGCUUUUGCUAGCAUGUGUUGUUCCAAUGUCAAGAUUACAGCCGAGAGCGGUCUGAAAUGUAUUUGUGUUUACAUUCAUCCCGGUCUGAAUUCAUGCCGGUCUGAAGUCAGUCGGUUCGGUCCAGAAGGCGGAAUGACUUGAGACCGGUCUGAGUUAUUUUCGUCCCGGUCUCAUGUAAACAUCUAUUAUAGAUAAUACUAUGACCGAAACGAGAUGGUCCCGGUUUGACUUCGUUCCGGUCUCAUGUAAACGGGGCCUAAGUUUUGAAGGAUCUGUAAGAAAUGUUUUCAAUAUUAUGAAAACUGAAGGGCAAAAAUUGACAAAAAAUUAAGGGUUAGCCUUACUUUUUUUGCCAUUUUUUGCCCCUUUUUCAACAGUGAAAAAAGUGGCUAAAAUGGCCAAAAUGUUAAGGGAUAACUAUAGCCUUUACUUUUUUGUUAGACAAUCAGUUUAACGAGUCAAUUCUUUCAAAUAUUUCUUACAAAUCCUUCAAAGCUUAGAAUUUACCUAUGCAAAAUUCCAACUGUGAUCACAGAAACUUUGAUAGUGUAAACGAGCCCUUAUAGACACUGAUCUCAAAAGAUAGAGCUUAACCUUUUGAAUUCAGGAAAUUAAUUUUGAAGCCAAAAAAUUUAUAGUGCGCGAAGAGAGAUAGUUGCCAACAACUUGUCAACGUGUACCAAGGCAUUUUUUAAUACCAUGGACUUGUGGAGCAUUUGCCCCACUGGGCCCCUUCCUCUGCCCCACCACAGAAGAAAAAUAUAGCCUAUUGCCCCAAAGUCAGGACCCCAGGACCUGUAUUGAGUAAGUGAGUUUAACAUUGAAAAGAAGUUUAAAAACAAAAUUUGUUGGCUAGCAUACUUGAGCUUGUGUUUGAAUGUUUAGCAUGCAAUUUAUUACAAAUUUCACCAUUAAAACUUCAUGUUUUGAGAAGCUGAGAUUUUUUUUAAAAAUGUGUACUUAGAAUGCAGGAAAUUCUAUUCAGAUACUCAAAUUUUAAAAAUUUCCUGGGGGAGAAUGCCCCCAGAUCCCCUAAUUAACUAGUGCCUGCGGUACUCGGCUUACUGCAUGCUUACACCUCCGUAGCCUGCGUUGCAUAAAAGAGCCGGCAACGCAGGCUAACACCUCCGGAGAUCACACACUAUCCUGGGGAGAAGGCAAAGAAAGUGGGCCUUUUGGCAGUUUUGCUUCACCACUGACGAGUACACUGAUGUGUUCCCACUGUUUGUCAUCUCAGCUUGUUGACAAGUUGUGAACGGCUUGUUGACAACUUGCUAUAAGGUUGUUGGGCUCAAUAGACUUGUUACAAGUCGUUCCAACAACUUGUUAUCGUCCUGCAGUUCAACAAGUUGUAAGUGACAGCCUUGUAUAGCAACUUGAAAUAACAGCAUUGUUACAACUUGUCAACAAGCUCGCUAGAAGCAUGAGAUCAGUUUUGCCUGCAUGUGUGGCAUUGUGUGCAUGUAAAUAGUUUUUUUUUCUCAAACUUUGGCAUUUGUCGCGAUUCCGAUUUGGUAAUAUCUAACACUAACAAAGUAUAUAUAUAUAUAUAACUUCGUUUCAGCCACAGUAAGCCCAGCUAACCCUGCGGCGGUCGCUGCUCCGCCCACCGCACCCGCAGUUCCUCCAGUAGUUGGUAAACCUCCUAUUGCCGUGACUCACGAUGCUGUGCUCAUUAAUGGUAAGUUGGCCGUGUUUGUAUGGGAGCAUUCACCCCCCACACCCCCUACCAUAGUGUAAGUUUUACCUUUUGAAAAAGGCAGUUGGUCCCCUUCCUUGAUCCCCUCCCCUAUUUUAGUCCAUUCUUCUGUAUAAGAUUCAAAACGAUUAUACUGCUCCUAACUUGAAAGAAUCACUGACUGGGCGUAGGUUAACGCAAGCGAAUUAUAAUGUAAGAAAUACCUACGCUGAUUUAGCUCUCCCAAAACCGAGAAGGGAAUUCCCCUCAAAAAGUUUUAAAUACAGCGGGGCAAAGCUUUGGAAUAGCCUUUUUCGGGAAGCAAAGGAAGCACAAUCAAUCCAUAUUUUAAAUAUUAAUCUUUGACUCUGUUACCAUUGUUAAUGUAUGGGUCACACCUCCUGUAUCCAGCAUGCACUUUUGUAAAUAGUUUUUCUUUGUUUCCACUUAUUCUCUUGUAAAUAUUAAUACUUUGUAUAUAAAUUGACGACGCCCCUCAUGAAAACCAACUUAUGUUGAUGAGGCUAGAGUCUUGAAAUAUUUUUUUACGAUUUUACGAUGCCCUAGAAUCCUAAGGGUUUUUUCUCUCGCCAUAGACGACAAAGAGCGAGAUAACAGCGCUGGUAAGUCUUCCAAUCAAGAAAUGGAGGAGACGAUUUUGAAACGAUCAAAAAUCUUCCGCAAACACCGACACCACAAAAAGAACUGGGACUAGUUGGUCACGUUACCAGGCAACGAUGGCGACAACCGCGCACUUGCGUAAAAGACUGGAAGCGAAUUUCAGAAUUUGCAAACUUUUUACUAAACGAGUAAAAUUAACCAACUAAAAAAGCUAACUACGUAAGACAGUAUAAUUUUAAUGCUUUUUAUUUAAACACGUCCCUAUUGUUGCAUGUGCAAUGUUGUAAUAUAACAAAUACUUGAACGUUUCUCUUCAGAAAUUGCAGUAAAUGUAUACAAUUAGUCAAUAUUUCCAUGCGUAGAGUUAAGCUGUAUAUUUCUGUAUUUAAUAAAAUUCGU